ACAAUUUCAGGUAAGCGGCAACUGACUGUUAGGGCGCGGCAGCGAUCCUCGGACUGGGAUGACCGCGCCAGGCUGUGUGUGGGAUUCGACAGGCUGGUCGCUGUGGAGGGUGUGAGGAGGCUCUGAGUGGCUGCCAGGUAUUCGCGAAAUCUGCUGCCCGGUUCAUCUGCCGCUUUACCGAAGAACGGGUCUAUUGAAUGCAUGGCAAGCAGGAGUCACGAUGCAGACCACGAACCGUUCUUCCAAGUCGCGUGCUUCUGCGGCUGCGCUGGCGCUCGCGGAGAAUACCACCCGUUCCCGAAAGGGUGUGGAGCCAAAACCGCCCUAGUCGUUCACCUGGGCAUCUCUCAACAGAAGGACGACGGACAGUCGUACCUAUCUACCCAGCCAUAAUCGAUACCUUCGUCAGCAUAGGCCUCCUCAUUCAUCAGAUGUCUUCACAAGUUAUGCUAUUGCGAAUACGACCAUCCUGGCCAUGGCUCUCUCGGAUUAGAAGCUUCCUUGGGAAAUUGGACUGGAACUGUUCCCAUUCUCAGGGUCUGACGAAGAUGGGUCUUCCUAGUUCAGCAGGUCAUUAUUAGAGCGGCUUUGCUUUGAACUGCCCGGAGGGAUGCGCCGGCCAAAGCACUGUGAUUACCAGCGUUCUCGUCAGUCGAAAGUCCAUCUCAGCGUUCCUGCAGCUAGAGGAUGCCAAGCCACCCAAACCGCUGUGAAGUAAUCAAUGAGGUAAGGACC